AAUUUGUCAUUAUUGUGCUUUGAUAUUGAUCGAUGGCAAUGCAGGAUUUUGGGUUAUGUUGCUGUUGAUUCUUGCUCAGUGAUAGUCGAAUGGUUACCCGAAACACAGACUCUUCUCAGGGAGAUGGUGAUUCGGCCCCUCCUCCUCAUGUGCCGGCGGAUCAGUUCCGUUCUCGUGCUGGCAAUAUGGUUUUUAAGAGCGGGCCACUUCUCAUCUCGUCCAAAGGAAUAGGAUGGACAUCAUGGAAGAAAAGAUGGUUUAUUUUAACUCGUACAUCAUUGGUCUUCUUUAGAAGUGAUCCGAAUGUUGUUCAUUCAAAAAGUGGUGAGGUGAAUCUUACGCUUGGUGGUAUCGACCUAAACAACUCAGGCAGUGUGGUUGUCAAAGAAGAUAAAAAACUCUUGACUGUGCUCUUCCCUGAUGGUCGUGAUGGGCGAGCUUUCACACUCAAGGCUGAGACAUCAGAGGACCUCUAUGAGUGGAAGAAUGCACUUGAGACUGCUUUGGCACAAGCACCAAGUGCAGCUCUUGUGAUGGGACAGAAUGGUAUAUUCAGGAAUGAUGCGACUGAUUCAGCUGACGGCAAUUUGGAGCAGUGUAGAGAUAGACGGGCGUUGAAUUCCUUGGUUACUGGUAGGCCAAUUUUACUUGCUCUGGAAGAUAUUGAUGGAACUCCAUCUUUCUUGGAGAAAGCCCUUAGGUUUCUAGAGCAGUAUGGAGUAAAAGUAGAAGGUAUCUUGCGACAAGCUGCCGAUGUUGAUGAUGUUGAACGUCGAGUUCGGGAAUAUGAACAAGGUAAAAUUGAGUUUUCUCCAGAGGAGGAUGCACAUGUAAUUGCUGAUUGUGUUAAGCAUGUGCUUCGGGAGUUACCUUCAUCUCCAGUUCCUGCAUCUUGUUGCAAAGCACUACUAGAAGCAUUUCGAUCUGAUCGUGGUGUCAGAAUCAAUGCCAUGCGUACAGCGAUAGCUGAAACUUUCCCAGAGCCAAAUCGCCACUUGUUGCAGCGAAUACUUAAGAUGAUGCAAACUGUGGCUUCUCACAAAGCUGAGAACAGAAUGAGCUUAUCAGCUGUUGCCGCUUGUAUGGCGCCCUUACUUCUUCGUCCUCUUCUGGCUGGAGACUGUGAGCUUGACAAUAAUUUUAAAAUGGGUGGGGAUGGUUCUGUUCAGCUUCUGCAAGCUGCUGCCGCAGCUAAUCAUGCUCAAGCCAUUGUAAUCACUCUGCUAGAGGAGUACGACAACAUAUUUGGGGAUGAUCAGCUCCAAGAUGGUUCCUAUUCUCCCGAAUUAUACUCUGAUUCAGAAGAGAGUGGCAGUGUGGAUGAGGAAGCAAGUUAUGACGAUGAGGUCAUUGGAGAUGAUGAAUGUAGUGAUUCACAUCAUGAUCUUGAUGCUGAUACAGAAGAAGAUCCUGAACAUGCAUUAAGUGGAACUUGCAGUAAAAGCAGUGGAAAUGGUGGUGACGACCUAAAUAAUGAUGAGGUUUCUGAAGGGGCUAACUCCACGUACGAGUCUUCUGCAGUCAGUGAAAUUUUCAAUGCCAAUCCGGAGCCGUCCAGUGAACCUCAGACUUCAGUGCCUCAGGAUGCUAGUGUUCAAAGUAAUAACAAUCUGAACAGUGAAGAAAAUACUGGUCCAGCAGUGCCUGCUACUGAGUCUUGUGAAUCUUUGGGAGAUGUCCCUGUCUCAAUAGGGGGAGAUAGUUUUGCCUCAACAACUCCAGUUCACAAGGAAAUUGGUUAUGAUCGGUCUUCAUCCACUUCAGAAUCUACAAAUAAAGAGAAUGGACCUGUUCCUUGUGUCAAACGUCGAACAGUUUGGGGGCGUACCGCUGCAAGGAAAAACCUUUCCAUGGAAUCCAUUGACUAUCCAAGCGAAGACGAAGCUGUAAUUCAGAGGCUUGAGGUCACUAAAACUGACUUGCAAAUUAGAAUUGCAAAGGAGGAAAAAGGGAAUGUGAUCCUGCAAGAAAAUCUGGAGAAACGAAAGCAGGCUUUGCAUGACCGUCGUUUGGCUCUGGAGCAAGAUGUAGCGAGACUACAGGAACAGUUGCAACGAGAAAGGGAUUUGAGAGAAGCUUUGGAAGCUGGACUUGGUAUGUCCUUGGGGCAUUUUCCUGUCUCAGCUACUAUUGAUUGCAAGACAAAGGCAGAUCUCGAGGAAAUUGCUGUUGCAGAAGCAGAUGUCCUUAAUUUGAAUCAGAAAGUUGCUCAUCUCCAUGCGCAGCUUGAUCAACAAUGCCAGCAAAACAAUGAAUCUGUAAAGGCUUCACAAAGUCAUUAUCAACAAACUCCAAAUCAUCUAGCAUCGUUGAAGGAUCAUCAACAGAAAGCUGUUGAAACUACAGAAUCAGCCUAUCCUCAUGAAAGUACAAAAAUAAGUAUGAACACUAGUUUGGAUGUAGAAGACAGUGUGAAUAAUACUAUUUUGACUCCAAUGAGAAAUAAUAAUGUGAAGACAGCGGAGACACCAUCAUUAUCGAACGAGCUACUACCACAAAAGCAGCAGCUAAGUUUUUCUAGUCACAGCAAUACUAAAUCCGAUCCACCAUCUUUAUCAAACAAGCAACCACCUCAGAAACAGGAUGUAGAUUCAACAUGUCGCGUUACUGAAUCUGAUCCGCCAUCUUCAUCUAGCCAGCAGCCACCUCAGAAGCAGCAGCUAAAUUCAACAAGUCUUAGCAGCACUAAAUCUGCUGGAGUAUCUGCUAUGGAUCCUAAUGCCUCAACUGACUCUAAGAAGUCUAGUUCUAAGGGUGAGGGAACUGUGCCCGCAUCUUCUACGCUGACAAAGUUGACGACCCGACUCAACUUCUUGAAAGAACGGCGCAACCAGAUUGUAAAUGAACUUCAAAACCUAGACAAGGGUCGAGGAUCUGGAUCUAAAUCAGUCAGUGCUCCUUCAAGGUCCAGCUCCAGAUAAUGCAAGCUCGCAUUUGGUUGACCA